AGACUGAUACAGUUUUUAACUUACUCUCUUUCUCUCUCAAUGGCUUCUUCUUCUGCGGUUUCGGAACGAAGGGGUAUUCCCGGAGCUUCAUUCGUAGAAGAUGUUCAGACUUAUCUCACACAAUCAGGCUUGGAUGCAAACUCUGCCCUCUCGUUUCUUCAAGAGAGGCUUCAGCAGUACAAAUUGGUCGAGAUGAAACUUCUUGCUCAGCAGAGGGAUCUUCAGGCAAAGAUACCCGACAUUGAGAAAUGCUUAGACAUAGUUGCCACAUUACAAGCUCAGAAGGGUACCGGUGAGGCAUUGAUCACCGAUUUUGAAGUAUCAGAGGGCAUAUAUUCUCGGGCACGUAUCGACGAUACUGAUUCUGUUUGUCUAUGGCUUGGAGCAAAUGUCAUGUUGGAGUAUUCAUGUGAAGAGGCUGUUGCUCUUCUACAAAAGAAUUUAGAAAAUGCUAGAGCUAGUUUAGAAGUCCUUGUUGGUGAUCAACAAUUCGUGAGAGAUCAAGUGACAAUAACUCAGGUCACAAUUGCUCGUGUGUAUAAUUGGGAUGUUCAUCAGCGCAGAAGUAAGCAAGCUGCUGCCCCAAAGGAGUCCUGAAGCUUCUCCUUCACCUAGACUGUUACUAACUAUGCAUUUCGGGUGGCAUUUUUGGAUUUUCCAAGCCAAAAAUUUGUUAGUUUCAUUAUGUUCUCAUUUUCUCUGCUAUCUACCCCUUUUAUGAAGUUGAUCGAAAUGUUUAUCAGAUGGGGU